CGCCCAACCCGAAUACACAGAAGCACUAGGAUGCAUUGUUGAUUAUCGGGGUUGGAUGUUGAUUGAACGCUUUGUUCCUGCAAGCGGCAGAAGAAGCAUUCAGCAGCAUGUGUUCACGCUAUUGCAGAGCUGCAACAACAUACAAAAUCUCAUUCAAAUUCACAGCCAAGUAGUUCUCAACGGCCUCUCUCAGAAGACAAACAUCAUCACCAAGCUUCUAUCAUUCUACAUUGCCUCUGAUCAACUCCAACAUGCCCACAAACUUUUCUCCACAAUCGACAACCCAAGCACCACCGUUUGGAACCACAUCAUCAGAGGCUAUGCUCGCAGCCACACUCCUUGGAAAUCGGUGGAAUGCUACAGACAAAUGGUGUCAACUGAGGCUGAGCCUAAUGGGUUCACAUAUUCGUUCCUCUUGAGUGCCUGUGUGCGAGGUGGGUUGCUGAGAGAAGGGGAACAGGUGCAUGGCAUUGUUCUGGUAAAAGGGUAUUGCUCCAAUGUGUUUGUGGAGACGAAUUUGAUCAAUUUCUAUGCGGGGCGUGGUGGGGUUGAGCAAGCACGCCAUGUGUUUGAUGGUAUGGGUCAGAGAAGUGUUGUUAGCUGGAAUUCUAUUCUUGCUGGGUAUGUUAGUUGUGGUGAUUUUGAUGGGGCAAGAAGGGUUUUUGACGAAAUGCCAAUAAGGAAUGUGGUGUCUUGGACGACCAUGAUUGCUGGGUGUGCUCAGAAAGGGAGGUGUAAACAGGCUUUGUCGUUGUUUGGUGAGAUGAGGAGAGCUCGUGUGGAAUUGGAUCAGGCGGCGUUGGUGGCUGCUUUAUCAGCUUGUGCUGAAUUAGGGGAUCUAAAAUUGGGAAGAUGGAUCCAUUGGUAUGUUCAGCAGAGGAUUGUUGCAAGGAACCAGCAGCAACCCUCUGUGCGCUUGAACAACGCACUCAUACACAUGUAUGCUAGUUGUGGAGUCAUCGGUGACGCUUAUCAAGUGUUUACCAAGAUGCCUCAGAGAAGCACGGUGUCCUGGACCAGCAUGAUCAUGGCUUUUGCUAAACAAGGGCUUGGGAAGGAAGCCCUUGGUCUGUUUAAGACUAUGGUUAGUGAUGGUGCGGGAGUUGAUGGAGUGAGACCUGAUGCAAUAACCUUGAUUGUAGUUCUCUGUGCUUGCUGCCAUGCAGGAUUUGUAGAUGAAGGACGCCGGAUUUUCGCUUCCAUGAACCGUACUUGGGGAAUCAGCCCGAGGAUUGAACACUACGGAUGCAUGGUUGACCUCUUGAGCCGUGCUGGUUUCUUAGAUGAAGCACAUGGACUUAUUGAAAACAUGCCUUUGAAACCGAAUGAUGCACUAUGGGGCGCCCUUCUUGGUGGUUGCCAAAUACACAAGAAUUCAGAGCUAGCAUCGGUAGUGGAACCCAAGUUAGUAGCUGAGCUUGACACUGAUGGAGCCGCAGGCUAUCUUGUGCUCUUGUCAAAUAUUUAUGCUUUUGCCAAAAGGUGGCAGGAUGUUAUUGCAGUGAGACAGAAAAUGAUUGAGAUGGGUGUGAAAAAGCCUCCAGGACAAAGUUGGAUCCAAAUUAAUGGAGUUGUCCAUGAUUUCGUGGCGGGGGACAUGACUCAUAAGCAUUCAUAUUUUAUAUAUGAAAUCCUUUCUGAAAUCAUCAAGCAAUCCCAUGUGGAUAGCUAUGAACCAGACAUAACAGGGGCUUUUCUUGGAUGUUAAGGGAUAGGAAGUGUAGGAAGGACAUAAUUUUUUGCCUUGUGCAAUCUGGUUUUGCAAUUAUCUUUGCCUUGAUGGAUAGCAAGUGCAUGUUCUGGUUUGGUGGUGAUGGCUAGUACUAGUUCCAGCUUCUAACGGUGACUCUAUAUCAUAGCUCUGAUUAGACAAUCAUUUUGUGGAGAAAUGUUUGUCUCAUUUUGCCACAAGUGUUCCUUCUCAUGCCAUGUCUAUGAAAAUAUAGAACUAUUGGAUGCAUGAAGACACACUGACAUUUAAUUAAGAUAGUCCAAAAAUGAACAUAUCAUUAUUCCUUCAAAGAUUUUUUAAUCUGUAGACCGAAACAGCUCUUGUAACUAGUUUAUUCUUAAAUAGAUAAGCCAUUCUUUAUGCUGGUUUCUUUAAUCAAAGUCCUUUCCUCUUGGGUAGGAAUCAUGCUGGUAGUGUUUGAUUUGAGUUGACUGUAAUCUCCAGUGAAGGAAAUACAAAGGUGAAUGAAUAGGAUUUAGGAUUAGGAACUCUUCUUUAGUUUCGGUUUGAAUUCAGUUUUAUAAAUAAGGUGCUAGAUACAGAAGAUACACAAUUUAUGAAUGGCAUCGAAGACCCAUUUCUCCUGUUAUAUAAAAGAAGAGAUAAACAUUAUGAGGAAAUAGAAGCUUAU